AUGGGCGGCUUCUGUUGUGUGCAGAAACGAUUGGAUACAUCCGUGGACUGGAUCCGGGAGAGCCUACCUGUAGCCUUGAGCGAUGAUACCGAUUACGGAACCAGUCGUUUUGCCCCCCGUGUCGCGGACAUGGGGAGUCCUGGAUCCAAAGCCAAGAGCCAGGCCCGAACUCGUGAAGGCCGCGACGACUUCGCGGAGGAAGUGGCUUUCCAGAUCGCCAGCGAUCGCCAGGGCGAUUUCCGCGAGCGACGGUCAGACCUGGUCGAGGCGGCAUCCUGGUUGCCUGUUCUCUACGAGGUGUGUCCGCCGGGCCCGGAUGACAUGCCGCAUGUGGCCAAGGCCGUUCACCGAAAGACCAAAGUGCCGCGGCAACUUGCCAGCUUCCGGAAGCCUUCCGGAUCAGCCGCGCAGGAACGGCUGCACUCCUUCAUUGCUUCACUCCAGAAAAUCUCUGCCGAGCACGAAGCGGUGGCCAAAGUCCUGGAGGUCUUUGAGGACUAUCUCAACGUCCACCUUAUUCAAGAGCUGUGCACAGGAGGGUCUGUCUACGAACGGAUAUUGGAGCGCCAGUACUUCACCGAGCAGGAGGCAGCAGUGCUCGUGAAGCACAUGCUGCAAGCUUUGGCGCCGUUUCAUGAGAACCACCUGUACCACGGCAGUUUGAGCCCGGAGUGCUUCCGGUUCUUGAACGCCUCGCCCCACGCGCCUCUGAAGCUCGUAGACUUCGGUCUCGAGCUGAAGGCCCAUCGCUGGAACGCCGUGGAGCAUCUCAGCGGCCCCGACUUGCAAAGCCCCUGUCUUCCCGAGUUCUUCGAAACUUGCAAGCUGGUCUUUUGCGCUCCCGACUUUGCGCCGCCCCAGCAAACGAGGCGGAAGAAGGAUGCCGAGUCGGUGGUCGAGAUGGCGGCCUAUGCACACGAGGUGCCGGAGGAGCAAGACGGAGUCAACCUCUUGGACGAAGAGGUGCUGGCGAACGUCCUGAGCGAGCAUGCCGACUGGGUUGAGGAGCAGCGGUCCGUCAUGGCGGGUUCCACGAGUUUCUCCACCAAGAACGAGGCCGCCGACAUGUGGAGCAUUGGAGCUAUAGCCUUCCUACUUCUCUGUGGCUACCCUCCAUUCUUUGCUCCAUCUCGGAAUGCCAUCCUCGGCCGCAUUCAUCGCGGGGAAGUGUCCUUCGAUCCACCCUUCUGGUCCAAGAUUUCCGAGGAGGCGAAAAGCUUCGUGUCCAGCUGCUUGCAACAAUCCUUCUGGGAUCGCUGCAGCCUUCAGGAAGCCCUGAACCACCCGUGGAUCUUGCGCCUCGCCGACAGCUCACCAUCAGGGUCCAUGUUCGCCUCCUUUAUGCUGAACUUGCGCCGUUUCUACCGCACUUCCCUGAUAGAGAUCUACACAGCCAGAAUCCUUGCCACGCAGUUUCGCAGGGAAGAGCUGCAUGAGUUCCUCUGUCGAUGCAGGGAGAUCGACAUGGCGAGCAGUGGCUUCUUCACGGCCUCGGAUCUGAAGCACAUACUUUCUGCUUUGGGCCAUCCUCAAAUUGCCGAGGCUAUAUCAAGCCGUUUCCUGCAGACCUUCAGGCACCCAGGCGAGUCGUACAUUGACUAUAUGGCCCUACUGGAUGCAGUCCGGCUCCGGCAGCAGCGCAUGUUCGAGGACGAGCUCUGGCGCCACUUUCAGCGUGUCCUGCAGAGCAGCGGCCGCUGCGACGUGGAUGGCAUCUGCAGCUCCCUCUUCGUCAAGGACCUUCCCAUCGUCUUCGGCGAUCCGGUGAUCGUGGGCCUCCUGAUGCGGGAGAUCCCAGACAGCCCCGGCCUCGAAGACGCCAGCGUCUGCCACCGCCUUCAGGUUGGGCUCAGGUCCGAGUGCACCCUGCGCGGCACUUCGCAGUUGGACUUUCGGACGCUUUGCUCCGUCCUCCUCCAGCAGCUCCGCCAGUUCUGA